CAGACCCAGAGCUUCGCAAGUCUUGUGUCAACACUGUGAAAACAGAAACGGAUUCAGUUGUGAACCGCUUCACCAAGUUUUCAGACUGGUCUAGAGUUGUGAAAGCUGUUGCCAGGCUGAGAAGAUUUGUCCAAGAACGUAAGGGAGUACAACCAAGAUCAAAUGAGACAAGCAGUCUUGAGGAAAGGCGACAAGCCGAACUGCUUAUAAUUAAGUUGGAACAAAGAGAAGCCUUCGCAGAAGACAUAAGGAAAUUAAAACAAGGAAAAGUCAACUCUCUUAACAAACACAAUCAAUUACACCGUUUAAAUGUUUUUCUUGAUGACGACGGAGUCCUCAGAGUUGGAGGAAGGCUUUCCAGAUCAACCCUGGACUAUAGUGUAAAACAUCCAGCUAUACUUCCCAAAAGGUCUCAUGUAUCAUCCUUGCUUGUGAAGCACUAUCAUGAGCGUGUUUGUCACCAGGGCAGAGGAAUGACCAUGAAUGAACUGCGUGCGAAUGGGAUAUGGAUAAUUGGAUGUGGAAACAUGGUCUCCUCACACAUUUACAAAUGUGUGAAAUGUAGGAGAUACAGGAGAAAUACAGAAGUUCAGAAGAUGGCUGAUGCUUUCAUAAAUGCAUUUCGAACCUUUGUGGCAAUCAGAGGACCAGUUCGCCAACUAAGGUGUGAUCAAGGCACCAAUUUCAUGGGAGCCAGGAAAGAGUUUUCUGAGUUGCUCAAGAAAGUGGAACCAGAACGUCAAAGAGCUCUUGGUUGUGAGUUUGUGGCAAAUUUUCCAUCUUCAAGUCAUAUGGGUGGAGUUUGGGAGCGCCAAAUAAGAACAAUCCGAAGUAUUCUUGCAGUCAUGCUUGACAAGACAGGCAACAGACUUGACACUACAUCUCUGAGAACUUUUCUCUAUGAAACAAUGGCUAUAAUCAACAGCAGACCAUUAACUGUGGAGCACCUGCAUGAUCCCACCGGACCAGAGCCUCUUACACCAAACCAUAUACUGACUAUGAAAUCUUCAGUCAUACUGCCUCCUCCUGGACAGUUUUGCAGAGAAGAUUUAUAUCUGCAUAAAAGAUGGAGAAGAGUGCAAUUCCUGGCCAAUGAAUUUUGGCAAAGAUGGAAGCGAGAGUAUUUGCUAAACCUUCAACAACGUCAGAAAUGGCAAAACUCAACACGAAACCUGAAAGUGAAUGAUAUUGUGAUUCUACAAGAUGACAGCACACCAAGAAAUGAGUGGAAGCUUGCUAGAGUCUUAAAAACCUAUCCUAGUGAAGAUGGCAUCGUACGAAAGUUAACUCUACUUGUCAGUGAGACUACACAGAAUAAAGGACAUUCACACACUAGACUACUGCAUUUAGAUAGACCUGUUCAUAAGGUUGUAACGCUUGUAGAAGCAGAGUGAGUAACCAAAGCAGUAGUGGUUUGACAUGAAAAUCCCAUUUAUUCUUCAUAGGAGUGAUUUUGGUGGGAGUGUAAAUGCAGUUUAAAUUUAUAUAUUUUAUUGAAGUUCAUGGGUUGUGAAAUGUUUAAUAUUUGGUGAUUUAAUUUUAUUUCUUCGGAGUGUACAGUGAAUUUUGUUUGAAUUAUGUUCAGAAGAAUAGGAUUAUUCUCGCGAGAAUUUGAGCCUUUUAUGUUGGCCGCAGGUGAGCACGUCUUUUGCUCACGAGGUUGCAGCAAUUAAGAGUUCAAGCUGGGAGAAAGAGCUGCAAAAAAGAUUACUUUGGACUCAAAGAGACUCUUUUUCUUGACAAGCGGAAACGAGUUUUCACGGCGUAAUGAAGGCGUAAUGAAGGCGUAAUGAAAGCGAAGGCACGCAAUGUCCCACAAGAAGUGUGAUGACCUGCAGAAGUACAAAUAAACGCCCGUUGUAAACCGACCUGUGUUGUCAUGAGAAGAGUCACAUAUUAC